AUGCAGUAAAAAUUAAGCAUUCAUAGAUGUGAAUAAGAUUUCGAACCUAAUGACUUCCUGCUAUUUCAAAAUGAUUAAAGAAGAAGUAGCCUUAUUGUUGAUGAUUAGAAUAUAUUGCACAAUAUCGAAGCCGAGUUAAAGUACAUAACCACUGCAAGAAUCACAAUAUUAAAAAAAGAAGCUCCGGAGAAGAGGACUAUAAAGCCUUAAUGCAAGAUUUAUGAGUUUAAACAGUAUCUCUACUUUAAAGAUGAUGAUUCUGAUUGGGACUUAACUAUUGACAUUGACCUAGCUUAUGCAAAAAUAAAAUAUAAAAUUGAUUAAUUCAAGAUAAAUGAUAUAGCAUAAAUUAUUAUCGAGAAAAACAAUACCGUCUUGACAUUAGAAAAUAAAGACAGAUGUUUAUUGAAUGAAGGAAGAAUUGAUAAAUUUAACAAAGACUUUCUAAAAAAUAUGAGAUAUAAACUAGAUUUUUAUUGUAUUUGGAACUAUGACCCUAUAGAGUUUGAGUUUAGAAAGAAAUUAGGAAGUGGAUCCUCAGGAAUCGUUUACCUUGUGAAAAUCAAUUAGUAGAAAUCAUUUAAAGUAACAUGUGGAAAAUAUGCACUGAAAUGCUUGGAAAGUUUGCAAAGCUAAAAUAUAAUCCAUAAAGAUAUCACCCCUCAAAAUAUUCUAUUAGAGUAAAAAAAGUGGGACACCUGGAUAUAUCGCCCCAGAGAUUCUUAGAGAUAAUUACCAUAAUUUGAAAAAUGA